CUAAAACCAAAACAAACACUAGUUUCCUUUCCUGCUUCACUUUUAGUUCUUAAUUGGUACAAUACACCAACCGCAAUAACAGAAAAAUGAGUGUAGAAGUAUUGGAUGCCACCACCAUUGUCAACUUUGUGGAAGAUGAAGAAGCAUUCCACAUGUUCAUCUGUGAUCGUUUUGCUGACCUUGAUACCAACCAUGAUGGUAUUCUUUCCUAUGCUGAGAUGUUAAAGGAGCUCAAGUCUUUAAGGGUGUUCGAAACUCAUUACGGCAUUGACGUCAAACCCGAGCCAGGUGAGCUUGCUCAGGUUUACAACUCGCUGUUUGAGCUGUUUGAUCACGAUUCAAGCGGCACAAUCGAACUGGAAGAGUUUGAGGCAGAGACCAAGAGAAUGAUGCUGGCCAUGGCUAACGGGAUGGGAUUCUUGCCUGUUCAGAUGGUGUUGGAAGAAGACAGCUUCCUCAAGAAAGCUGUUGAACGUGAGACCAGUAAAGUGGUUGCUUAAUCUUAACUUUAAGCAUGCUGCAGUCAGCCUGAUGCAGUAACUAUAAUUGAGUUUGUUCAAGAGUUUAUAUGUUACUAAUUUUUUGUGUUCCUGCCUGUUGCUUCUCUUUUCUUUCCUUUUUCCUUUUUCUUUCUUUUUUGGGUGUAAUUUGAAUAAGCGAUUACAGCUACGGCUACGGAUGAUUUUCAUUGAAAAAGUUAAUACAAAAGUUAAGAGUUAUUCUA